AAACAUGGAAAAUAGCCUCUGAAAAUGAGUUUCACGGUGUUAGAAUGUUAUUUUGCUGACUCAGUAACAACAGAAUGCAGGAACUUGAAUGAGUUUUCCCAGUACUUCAAGGUUAAAUUGAAUAUUUACACAGCACAGCUUCAUGCAGGAAGACCACCAUACAGUUGUACGCUUAGGAAAAUAUGAGAAUAAACAGAGAGCAUUCUCUCUGAAUUAAAAAAAAAAAUAAAUCUGUGCCUUGCUGAGGACAGCUGCAGGAAUCGGACUCUUGAAUCAAUGUUAUCGGAUGAGUUAGAAUCCAAACCAGAGCUGCUGGUUCAGUUUGUUCAGAAUACUUCUAUUCCACUGGGGCAAGGGCUGGUGGAAUCGGAGCCAAAAGACAUCACCUGCCUUUCUCUCCUUCCUGUUACUGAGACCUCAGAAUGCAACAGACUCAUGUUGCCAGAUGAUGAAAGAGAUCUCACUUCUCCAAGUCACACUAAUUCUUCCAAAGAUGUUUCUUCAUCUGCUGUCUUGAGGAGCCUGCAGGUAAAUGUGGGUCCUGAUGGAGAGGAAACAAGGGCACAGAAUGUACAGAAACCGUCUGAACUUCUGUCAUCAGAGACUUCCAGUUUAUUGCAAGACCUCCAGCCCAGUGACAGCACUUCAUUUAUUCUUCUCAACCUAACAAGAGCAGGGCUGGGAUCUCCAGCAGAGCACUUGGUGUUUGUUCAAGAUGAAGCAGAAGAUUCUGGGAACGACUUUCUCUCUCAUGAUAGCACAGACAGCAGUACACCGUGGUUCCUACGAGUGCAAGAAUUGGCCCAUGACAGUUUAAUUGCUGCCACUCGGGCACAGCUCGCUAAGAAUGCCAAAGCAAGCAAUAAUGGUGAAAAUGUUCAUCUUUGCUCAGGAGAUGGGCAACCGAAAGACUCUAGCCCCAUUCCUCAUUUAUCUCGUGUGGAAAGGAAGCUGAAGUGCACAGUUGAAGGCUGUGAUCGGACAUUUGUGUGGCCAGCUCACUUCAAAUAUCACCUGAAAACACACCGGAAUGAUCGCUCCUUCACCUGCCCAGCAGAAGGCUGUGGAAAAAGUUUUUAUGUCUUGCAGAGGCUGAAGGUGCACAUGAGAACUCACAAUGGUGAAAAACCCUUUGUGUGCACGGAGCUGGGCUGUGGGAAACAAUUCACAACAGCCGGAAAUCUGAAGAACCACCUGCGAAUUCACACUGGGGAAAAACCCUUUCUGUGUGAGGCACAGGGAUGUGGUCGCUCCUUUGCCGAGUACUCCAGCCUUCGGAAACAUUUGGUUGUCCACUCCGGAGUGAAGCCCCAUCAGUGCCAAAUUUGUGGGAAGACAUUUUCCCAGAGUGGCAGCAGAAAUGUGCAUAUGAGGAAACACCACUCCAGAAUCGGAACAGCUGGCAGCAGGGAGCGAGAACAGCCAGAGUCACUGAUGGGCAGCAGUUUGCUGGAAGAAUCUACAGUGCAUAGUAAGAAUCUCAUCUCCAUGAACUCUCAGCCCAGCCUUGGUGUUGAGUCCCUGCAUCUGCCAGACACGGAGUCUAUUAUUGGAGUAGAGGAGGGUGAGACCAGCUGCUCUUUCUUCCGCCCUCUUAUAUGUGGUGACUGAAGUGGGAUUGAUUGUUCCUCCUAGAGACUCAUCAUGUCGCAGUGGGACAAGUGAGCAUUGCUUUAAGUGUACACGGAACAGGUGGGUAGAUGGAGAAUGAAUCCUAAAACUGGAGUUGGAGAAGACCUGCUGGACCAAGUUACUCUGUUGCAGAGCUUAAAAGGUGAAGUCUGCUGCUUAGAUGUCAUUUAGCCCAUGUUGUGGAAUGCCAUUUCAAAACUGCUUAUGCAGUCCAUUCUCCUAAAGCCUAAAGCGUUUGUUUUGCUGGAGCACUUAGAAGCCCAGUUAAGGACCGGGACCUCAUUGUGCUAGGCACUGUGCAAACACCCAGUAUCUUGAGGAACAGGCCUUCCAUCCUUUACCUUCAGAGACUAUAUUCUAAUACAUCUCACUGUCAGAAGCUGACUUAAUAUCUGAAAUAAAUGUACUACUUGAUAUCAUUUAAUUACA